AUGGUGGCUGUUGUUGGUAACACUGUCAUUCUGUAUAUUAUCACGAUGAGCAAAGAACUCCAUGAACCCAUGUACAUCUUCCUUUCCAUGCUUUCCGUUGUGGACCUCUUAUCGGCCAGCACAGUCAUGCCCCGAAUGCUAGGAAUCUUCUGGUUUGAUAGCCGGCAGAUCUCCUUCUCCAUGUGCCUCACGCAAAUGUUCUUCUUCCAUUUCAUGUCUGCCCUGGAUUCUGCGAUACUGGUUACCAUGGCUGUAGACCGAUACGUGGCCAUUUGUCAUCCUCUUCGAUAUUCUUCCAUUUUAACCCAACGGUCCAUCACAAAGACCUCUCUGGUCCUUAUGGCCAGAGGAGCAGCUGUAAUGGUUCCUCUGCCAUUUAUUAUCCAGAGGUUUCCAUUGUGGAGGAGUAAUCUUCUGACACAUUCCUACUGCAUCCACCAGGAGCUCAUGAAGUUGGCCUGCGCUGACAUAAAGGUCAAUAUCAUCUAUGGCCUCUUUAUUACUCUUUACGUCAUGGGACUUGACUCUCUUUUUAUCUUCAUCUCAUACCUGCUGAUCAUCAAGACGGUGGUUUUCCAGGUGGCCGAGGCCAGUCUGAAGGCCAUCAGUACAUGUGUCUCCCAUAUAUGUGCCGUCCUUGUCUACUACAUCCCUUAUAUCGGCAUUGCUGUGGUGCACCGGUAUCCCAGCGACACCAUCCCGAAUCUUCAUAUCCUGUUUGGUAAUGCCUACAUCCUGCUGUCCCCCGUCAUUAACCCCUUGAUCUAUGGAAUCAAAACAAAGCAGAUACGCUACAAGCUCAGCAAAUUCCUCAGUAUGAAGAAUGAAGUAUGA